AUGCCUGCAAUCAUUCAAGGGGACUCUGCUCGCCCUCGCUCGGCCCUCAUCAUUGUCGAUGUUCAGAACGACUUCCUGCCGCCGAAUGGCUCCCUCGCAGUCCCCUGGGGUCUCGAGGUCGGCCCACCCAUCGCAGAGCUGCUGGACAAGUACGAGUGGGACAUGGUAAUCGCAUCGCAGGUGAGCACCGAGCAGCUCAAGCAUCUCAUGGACUAUUUCAAUAUCUUCAGCCGGCUGACUUUACAGGACUAUCACCCUCCCGGCCACAUUUCAUUCGCCACCUCCCACGAUAAACAGCCGUUCGAGGACAUGCAGCUCACCGACGCCCGUGGCAAGGCCUAUGUCCAGAAACUGUGGCCAGAGCACUGUGUCCAGGGAACCAAUGGCUGCGAGAUCAAAUCAGAGCUUGUGCCGCGCCUACAUGCGUGGGGCGACAAGUUCAAGAUUGUGAGGAAGGGAUGGCACAAGGGCAUCGAGUCGUAUUCUGCAUUUGAGGGAUACGUUACAAGCGGCACCGAGCCCGCCGCACCACCCACCACGCUCUCCCCGGCCCUCCCGACUGAGGUGGCCGACACGCUGCGCGCCGCCGGAAUCACCCGUGUGGUGGUCACUGGUGUGGCCACCGACUUUUGUGUCGGUGCCACCGCUCAGUCGUCUAUCGACGCCAAGUUUGACACGGCCAUUGUCGCCCCGGCCUGCCGCUCCAUCGUGGAUGCGAACGGCAGUAAGGUGUAUGACAAGCUGGCGGCACAGGGUGCCAAGAUUAUUGGGAGGGAUAACGGCCCAUGGGAGAACGAGUAG